AUGUCCAAAAACGUGCUGGUUAUCGGCGGGGGUGGAAGAGAACACGCCAUUGUUUGGAAGCUCUCGAGCAGCCCCCGGGUGAAUAAAAUAUUCGCCAGUCCCGGCAGUCAUGGCAUACAACAGGUGGCCAAAACUCAAAAUGUCCCGUUGGACCUGAACAAUUUUCAAGACAUUGUGAAAUUCUGCAAAGACAAUCAAGUCUCACUGGUGGUCGUGGGGCCCGAGGAUCCCCUAGCAAACGGUAUAGCAGACGCCUUAACAGUCGAAGGCAUCAACGUAUUCGGGCCCCGCAAGAAUGCGGCCAGGAUCGAAUCAGACAAAAACUGGGCCAAAGCCUUCAUGGACCGACACGGAAUACCCACAGCACAGUGGCAAUCCUUCACACUCGCCGAAGAAGCCAAGAAUUUCAUUAACAACGCCCCUUUCGAUGCUCUGGUUGUAAAAGCGAGCGGUCUAGCGGCGGGCAAGGGGGUCGUUGUAGCGGCGAAUAACCAAGAAGCUUGCAAAGCCGUAGACGAAAUGUUGGGGGACAAAAAAUUCGGGGAUGCCGGCGAAACUGUGGUGAUCGAAGAGCUGCUUUCAGGCGAGGAAGUUUCGGUGCUAGCGUUUACCGACGGCAACACUAUUAUACCGAUGCUGCCGGCUCAAGACCACAAGAGAAUCUUCGAGAACGAUCAAGGGCCCAACACCGGAGGAAUGGGCGCUUAUUGCCCGUGCCCUCUCUUGAGCCCCAAACAAUUGGAGUACGUGAAAAACGAGGUGCUCGAUAAAGCCAUCCAAGGUUUUCAAAAAGACAAACUUAAGUUUGUCGGAGUCUUAUACGCAGGGUUAAUGUUAACCCCGAUCGGUCCUAAGGUACUAGAAUUUAACUGUCGAUUCGGCGAUCCCGAAACCGAAGUGGUACUACCUUUACUACAAUCAGAUCUGUAUGAGAUAAUGAUGUCUUGCUGCGAGGGGACAUUGGAUAGACAAAACAUCAAAUGGAAACAAGACGUAUCCGCCGUAGGUGUCGUUCUAGCGUCCAGGGGAUACCCAGAAACCUCCAGCAAAGGACAAGAAAUCACAGGUAUCGAAACGGUUACCGUAAACAGAAACCACAUAGUCUUCCACUGCGGUACCGCAUUCAAAAACGAUCGCUUGGUAACCAACGGCGGUAGAGUACUAAUAUCCGUGGCGCUGGCUCCUCAACUCCAUUUAGCCGCGGCCAAGGCCACGAAAGCCUGCGAACUGAUCAAAUUCGACGGGCAACAGUACCGCAGGGACAUCUCGCACAAGGGAAUCGCCCGGGCCAUAUUGCAAUCGGGAAAAUUGACGUACAAACAGAGCGGAGUCGACAUCGACGCCGGUAAUAGUUUAGUAGAUCACAUCAAGCCGGCCGCCAAGUCGACGAAGCGCUCCGGCACUUUGGGCGGGUUAGGAGGGUUCGGUGGGUUGUUCGAUACGAAAGCGGCGGGUUAUAAAGAUCCCUUGCUCGUGUCCGGUACCGACGGCGUGGGCACCAAACUUAAGAUAGCCCAAGCUGUUGGAAUUCACGACACCAUCGGUAUAGAUUUAGUGGCGAUGUGCGUGAACGAUAUACUAGCCCACGGGGCAGAGCCCCUGUUUUUCCUGGAUUACUUCGCCUGUGGACAUUUGGACGUCGAAGUCGCCAAGCAGGUGGUUACAGGCAUUGCAGAAGGGUGCAAACAAGCGGGUUGUUCGCUCAUCGGCGGCGAAACGGCGGAAAUGCCGGACAUGUACCAGCCGGGCGAUUACGAUUUGGCCGGUUUCGCGGUCGGCGCCGUCGAAAGGGCGGAAUUGAUGCCCUACGUCGAUAAAAUCGAACCCGGCGAUGUUGUCAUCGGUUUACCUUCGACCGGUGUGCACAGCAACGGGUUCAGUUUAGUGAGGAAAGUCAUGAAAUUGGCGAGGAAAGAUUACAACAGCGUGGCGCCUUUCAGUAGACACAACAAAACGUUCGGUCAAGAAUUGCUAACGCCUACAAAAAUCUACGUGAAAUCCGUCAUACCGGCGGUGCGAACGGGAAAAGUCAAAGCGUUCGCUCACAUAACGGGCGGCGGAUUGACCGAGAACAUCCCCAGGAUCCUGCCGGACGGCGUCGCGGUGGUUUUAGACGCCGCCAAAUGGUCCAUACCGCCGGUAUUCCCUUGGCUGGCGACGGCCGGCGGAAUCCACGAGUCCGAGCUGCUCAGAACGUUCAAUUGCGGCGUCGGCGGCGCUCUGAUCGUGAACGCCGAAGACGUCGACGAGGUGAUGGGGCUGGUGAAGGGCGAAGGAGCUACCGUUAUAGGCAAUGUCGUGCAAAAGGAAGCCGAUCAAGUGGUGGUGAAUAAUUUCACGACGGUGAUGGAGGGUUUGAUGAAAGCCUACGUUCCGUCGACGGUGAGCGACGUUUGUAGUCUCAAGAAGCGCGUGGGGGUGUUGAUUUCGGGUAGCGGGACGAAUUUGCAAGCUCUCAUCGACGCCACGAUGGAUCCAUUGCAAGAUAUCGGCGCCGAAAUAGUUUUAGUGUUGUCCAACAAACCGGGAGUGGAAGGUUUAAAGCGAGCAGAGAAAGCUGAUAUACCGAGGAAAGUGUUGAGUCAUAAAAACUUCAAGAAUAGACUGGAGUUCGAUAUGGCGGUGCACGAAGAGCUGGUUAAGGCGGGCGUGGAAAUCGUUUGCCUGGCGGGAUUUAUGAGGAUUUUAACGGCGGAAUUUACGAGGAAGUGGAAAGGGAGAUUGUUGAACGUUCAUCCGGCUCUUUUGCCGCUUUUUAAAGGCGUCGAAGCCCAAAAGCAGGCGCUCGAUGCUGGUGUUAGGGUAUCGGGAUGUACCGUGCAUUUUGUAGAAGAAGAUGUAGACGCCGGAGCUAUUAUAGUACAAGAAACCGUUCCUAUUGAACUUAACGAUACUGUAGAGGAUUUGGUGGAGAGGAUUAAAAGAGCCGAACACAAAGCAUUCCCUAAAGCAUUGCAAUUGCUGGCGAAACAAAAGAUCAAAUUGGGUUCGAACGAUAAAAUUAUUUGGUUGUAA